AUGGCCGCUAUCCGCUCAGAAGGUCUAUGUGCUACAGAACUAAGCAACAAGGAGGAGAUUAUCGCGCUUCUAGACCGCCGUCGACGAUUGAUCUAUGACAAGCCAGACGUGGAAGAACUGGGUAAAUUAUUACGCCUUCAUGAAUUGGCUCUAUGGUUUUUGGAAGACUAUCAAAAAACCAUGAAAGCCCCUGAUUGGAUAGGAGAACCAAAAUGGAGCCAGCUAAAGCCACUCAAGCUUUCAGUCGACGAGAGACGGCGCUUUCUCCGGGGGUUCUAUCGCCUGCAGAUAUGGGCCAAUAUAUUCGGUAACGCCAUAUAUCAGUAUUGCGAAGAACAUCUAGAGUUACCGUAUGAUAUCAGCCACUCGCCACUGGAUUUCUUCCGAGAGUACGGUGCUGAUGAUGGAUGGGCUACGAGAAACCGUUUUGACUGUCUGGCGGCAUUAGUCACAAAAGGUCCCAAGUUCGUUUACAGCAUCCUGACCAAACGAAACGAGGAAGUCUUGACUUGCAUAUGCGACAAUAUCAGGCCGAACAUCAAGCAUUUUGAAUGUUUGAUGUCGCUUGAGAACCCUUUCAAUCUUCAUGGAAGCAAUCUUGCGGACCCUCUCCAUCCCCAACAUCUUCUCUAUCCCGCAGACUGUUACGGCACUGGCAAUAUUCAAAGCUUCAAAAAUCUUAUCAAGACACUGCCAGUAGAAAAGCGUCCGGGUCCCUGUUGGCUGUACGGUUGGUCCUUGCCUGGUCACCCCUUCAUCAUUAAUGAUGCAUUUCUUGCUCAUGUGCUUAACACUGGACUUUGGCAUGGCCCUUGGAAAUGGGGAUACGCUUUCUGGGACCUCAAUCGCGUGGCUGAAUGGACAGUACCGGAUUUCAGAUUUGCUGGUUAG